ACCACGCAUGUAGAAUUCACAUGCAGACACGCACAGAAACGCACAGGGCGCUGGAUGCGGUGCAGAACCCGGGACCCACAUCCUGUGUGAGCCCGUGUAUUCAACACGCAACCACACACAUGUGCGCAGAGCCUCACGGGCCUCCGCGCACAGGGAACUCCCUUCACCCUGUCUCAGCGGCCUCUCCAGCCUCAGGAGCCGCUUGCACACGCCCCUACACCUGUUCUCGGGACUGCCUGGCUCUCUCCCCUCUGUUCCCUCACACUCCAAUCCCUGCCCCGAGGGGACCUUUGGAAACCAGGUGGGACUCGGCCAUGGGCAAGCAGAACAGCAAGCUGCGGCCGGAGAUGCUGCAGGACCUGCGGGAGAACACGGAGUUCUCCGAGCUGGAGCUGCAGGAGUGGUACAAGGGCUUCCUCAAGGACUGCCCCACCGGCAUCCUCAACGUGGACGAGUUCAAGAAGAUCUACGCCAACUUCUUCCCCUACGGCGACGCCUCCAAGUUCGCCGAGCACGUCUUCCGCACCUUCGACACCAACAGCGACGGCACCAUCGACUUCCGGGAGUUCAUCAUCGCCCUGAGCGUGACCUCGCGCGGCCGCCUGGAGCAGAAGCUCAUGUGGGCCUUCAGCAUGUACGACCUGGACGGCAACGGCUACAUCAGCCGGGAGGAGAUGCUAGAAAUCGUGCAGGCCAUUUAUAAGAUGGUUUCGUCCGUGAUGAAGAUGCCUGAGGACGAGUCGACCCCGGAAAAGAGGACUGAGAAAAUCUUCCGCCAAAUGGACACGAACAACGACGGCAAGCUGUCACUGGAGGAGUUCAUCCGCGGGGCCAAGAGCGAUCCAUCGAUCGUGCGCCUGCUGCAGUGCGACCCCAGCAGCGCCUCCCAGUUCUGAGCCCCGAGGAGCCAGCCCGCCUCCCCGCCUUCCCCGGCCCUCCGGCUCUCAGCUUCCUCUCCCUCGUGUCUAUCCAGGCUGGGGGCCAGACUGGGGAUCCCUUCCCGGGGUCUGCACUGUGGGGGGCCUCUGGAGAAGCGAACCCUGCAAGAAAGGGGCUAAGUGAGGCAGCAGUUAGCACCCACGGCCCUAGAGGCCGAGUCUCCCUUAGUGGGACCAAGAUGACCCUGUGGUUUGGUCUGUCCGGGUUAUGUACUCUUUACUUAGACAGCUGGACCACCUUCCACGAACCCACAGACCCGAGGCUCUUUCACAGCGCGGGGGUGGGUCCCCCUUGGGUGGUCCUCAGCCUGGAGGGAGGGGGGAGGAGUCGUACCAAGGUGAAGAAUCUUUUUUGUUUGGUGGGGAGACAUGAGGAUUCCAAGGCUGUGGGGCUUGGAAGUUCCUUGAUCUACUUCCCUGCUCCUGCCCUUGCUGGCUGGAGGCCGUGGAAAAAAGAAAAAGAAACAAAAACAAAAAAACUCCCAGGAUUCCAUCUGGAGGUCCCCAAACCCAAACCCAGCCUGCCUCUUCGCACUUGGAUAAUCACGGAUCUGACCCCCCUGUAUAUUGUAUUUCACCCCCUUCACACGCACGCACGCACGCGCGCUCGCAGCACACACACAGGCUCACAGACUGACGGCAGAGCCCCCCACAGCAUUCGGUGUGGGAAGGAAGUGCAGGCCCCUGGCCAAGCCCCACCUCCCUCUGCAUGCAGCCACACGGAGCAUCUCUGUUCUUUUUAAUAACUUCAGAAUAAAGUCUUGUUUCAGUGCA